CUUGUCUCCUGAUCGACAGGGAGCGGAGAGUUGGUGAACAGUGUGGAUUAGAGUCGCUUCGGGGACUCGGGAGUUUCUCAUACAGCUGUCCGGAGGAGAGCUGCGCAGCCAGGUCUGAUCUGAGAAGUUGUGUUGUGCCCUCAUGUCUGCUGCCUCCAGGAUGCAGUUCUCAGUCAGACUGAGCCUCUGCCUGCUGGGCUUCGUUCUCAUCUCUCUGUUUCCUCAGCCAGCGCGGGGUCAAGUUUCAUCGCCACGGAGAUUUCGUACCAAAAUCCUGAGCCCCACCAAGCUGCAUGUGUCGUGGAAAGAGCCGAAAGGACAGUUUGAAAGCUACAAGAUCAUUUACACCACACAGCCAGGUGGAGAGCAGAAGGAGAUUCAGGUAUCGAAGCAGGAAGCCAAGUUGCUCAUUGAGGACUUUGACCCAUCUAAAGAAUACAACUUUAAGAUAAUUGCUGUGAGUGGAGGACAGCAGAGCAAACCUCUUCAGGCCAAACAUGAAGCUCAGCAAUCAGGCAUCAAGAUGGUUCAAUCGCAGACGAGACAAGACAGCAGUGUCACCGAGGAGAACAAUGAGAUCUCAGAAGCUGAAGAUGAGUUUAUGUGUAAGACUCCAGCCAUAUCCGACAUUGUUAUUCUGGUGGAUGGCUCCUGGAGUAUCGGCCGCAUUAACUUCAGGCUGGUCAGGACCUUCCUGGAAAACCUGGUCAAGGCUUUCUCUGUGGAGUUUGACAAGACCAGGAUUGGCCUGGCUCAGUACAGCGGAGACCCCAGAAUCGAGUGGCAUCUUAACGCUCACACAUCCAAAGAGGCUGUGAUGGAUGCUGUGAAGAACCUGCCGUAUAAAGGAGGAAACACACUGACAGGUCUGGCUCUGACCUUCAUCCUGGAGAACAGCUUCAAACCUGAGUCUGGAUCCAGGCCUGGUGUUCCCAAGAUAGGGAUUCUCAUCACUGACGGGAAGUCGCAGGACGACGUGAUACCCCCUGCACAGAGCCUGAGGGCAGCUGGGAUAGAACUGUUUGCCAUUGGUGUGAAAAACGCUGAUGAGAACGAGCUGAAGGCCAUCGCCUCUCCUCCUGAGGAAACUCACGUCUACAAUGUGGCGGACUUCAGCGUGAUGAGCGACAUCGUGGAAAGCCUCACCAAGACCGUGUGCGACCGAGUGGGGGAGCUAGACAAGGAGAUCAAAGGGGGAAGUCAACCUGUCCUCCCACCCACCGCUGUUGCGCCGCCCCGCGACCUGGUGACAUCUGAGAUCAAUGCUCGCAGUUUCCGAGUGAGAUGGACCCACGCGCCGGGCCAGGUGGAGAAAUACCGCGUGGUCUAUUACCCAGCCAGCGGAGGACAGCCAGAAGAAAAAGUGGUGCAGGGGACAGAGAACAGUGUGGAGCUGAACUACCUGAACUCUCUGACGGAGUACCAGGUGGCUGUUUUCGCUGUCUACCGCAGCUCUGCCAGCGAGGCCCUGAGAGGAAGUGCUACCACAUUGGCCCUACCCAUGGUGAACGACCUGGAGUUGUUCGAUAUCACUCACAGCAGCAUGAUGGUUCGCUGGAAGAUCGCUGCCGGCGCCACUGGAUACAUGAUCCUGUACGCCCCACUGACGGAGGGAGACCCUGCAGACGAGAAAGAGGUGAAGGUGGAGGACUCGGUGAACGAGGUGGAGCUAGAGGGAUUGACUCCGGCCACAGAGUACACGGUGACGGUUUAUGCCAUGUACGGAGAGGAGGCCAGCGACCCCAUGACCAGCCAGCAGACCACAUUACCGCUGACCCCAGCGAGGAACGUGCGUUUCUCUGACGUGGACCACAGCUCCACACGGCUCACGUGGGACUCCGCCUCCAGGAAGGCCAAAGGCUACCGCAUCAUGUACGUCAAGACCAACGGAGUCCAGACCAAUGAGGUGGAUGUUGGCCGUGUGACAACCUGGUUGCUAAGAAACCUGACCUCCCUGACGGAGUACACAGUUGGUGUCUUUGCCAUCUACAAUGAGGGAGAAGCUGAGGCUGUGACUGACAGCUUCACCACAAAGACCGUCCCAGACCCGCAGGAUCUGAAGAGCAGUGACAUCUCCACAGACAGCUUCAGGGUGUCAUGGCAACACCCGUCCUCUGAUAUAGUGCUGUACAGACUCAUCUGGACGCCCACAGAUGGAGGAGACAGUGAUGAGGUUCUGGUGAACGGAGACAUUAACACCUACCUGAUAAAAGGACUCAGCCCUCUCACAGAGUACGAAGUCCUCCUCGCUGCAAUCUAUAUGAACGAGGUUGAGAGUGACGAGGUCGUCCUCGUGGAGUCCACCGUUGAAAGAAUGACCACCGUCGCUACGACAACCACCACCACAGCAACUCCUCGUUACGGAGUGCGGAACAUGAGGAUCGAUGAGGAAACCACAUUCAGUGUGCGGGUGGCCUGGCAGGCUGCGGACACGAGGAAUGUUCGACAUUAUCGACUGAGCUACAUCAGUGCCAAGGGAGACCGAGCAGAGGAGAGGAGGACAGUGCCCAUAGGUCAGAGCAGCCUGGUUCUGCAGCCUCUGCUGUCGGAUACGGAGUACAAAGUGUCCAUCACUCCUGUUUACCCUGAUGGAGACGGACCGACAGCGGUGCGAAUGGGACGAACGCUUCCUCUCUCAGCUCCUAAGAACCUGCGGGUAUCAGAGGAAUGGUACAACCGCUUCAGGAUCAGCUGGGAUGUUCCACCUUCACCCACCAUGGGCUACAGGGUCGUCUACCAGCCUGUGUCUGCUCCCAGACCCGCUCUGGAGACCUUCGUGGGAGAGGACGUGAACACCAUGCUGAUCGUCAACCUACUGAGUGGGACAGAGUACAGUGUCAAGGUCAUCGCCUCCUACACCACUGGAUCCAGUGAGGCCCUUUCAGGGAGGGCCAAGACCUUGUAUAUGGGGGUGACUAAGCUGAGCGCAUACCAGGUGAGGAUGAACAGUUUUUGCGGCCAGUGGCAGCCUCACCGACACGCCAGCGCCUACAGAGUGGUCAUCGAGUCUCUGCUCAACGGUCAGAAGCAGGAGACGAAGCUGAGCGGAGGAGCCAACAGACACUGUUUCAACAACCUGAAGGCCAACACGCAGUAUAAGAUGAGUGUGUACGCUCAGCUGCAGGACGGGUCUGAAGGCCCUGCAGUCACUAUUACUGAGAAAACACUUCCCAUCCCAACCCCGGCACCAACCACGCCGCCCUCCACCACACCACUACCCACAAUCCCCCCUGCCAAGGAAGUCUGUAAGGCAGCCAAAGCCGACCUGGUCUUCCUGGUUGACGGUUCCUGGAGUAUCGGUGAUGACAACUUCCUGAAGAUCAUCCGCUUCUUGUACAGCACCACCGGAGCUCUGGACCGGAUCGGGCCAGAUGGCACGCAGGUGGCCAUUGCACAGUUCAGUGACGACGCCCGGACUGAGUUCAAACUGAACUCAUACGGCGACAAGGAGCGACUGCUGGACGCCAUCAACAAGAUCUCCUACAAGGGCGGAAACACCAAGACAGGUCGAGCCAUCCAGCAUGUGAAGGAAAACAUCUUCACGGCAGAGGGAGGAGUGAGGAGGGGAAUCCCUAACGUCCUCGUGGUCCUCACCGACGGCCGCUCUCAGGAUGACGUCAACAAGGUUUCCAAAGAGAUGCAGAUGGAAGGGUACAUUGUGUUCGCCAUCGGCUUUGCUGACGCUGACUACGGGGAGCUGGUGAGCAUCGCCAGUAAACCCAGCGACAGACACGUCUUCUUCGUGGACGACCUGGACGCCUUUACGAUGAUCGAAGAGAAGCUGGUGACCUUUGUGUGUGAGGCCGCCACUGCCACUUGUCCGUCUGUACCGAUGAGCGGCAGCACAACACCAGGUUUCCGUAUGAUGGAACUGUUUGGGCUGGUGGAGAGCCGGUACAGCAGCGUGUCUGGCGUUUCCAUGGUACCUGGCACCUUCAAUACCUUCCCCUCUUUCCACCUGCACAGUGAUGCUUUUCUGGCACAGCCUACCAGGUACAUCCAUCCUGAAGGGCUGCCCUCUGACUACACCAUCACCCUGCUGUUCAGACUGCUGCCCAACACUCCAGAGGAGCCCUUCGCCCUCUGGGAGAUCCUCAACAAGAACAACGAGCCGCUGGUGGGAGUCAUCAUGGACAACGGAGGAAAGACUCUGACGUUCUUCAACAACGACUACAAAGGAGAGUUCCAGACGGUCACCUUCGAAGGGCCAGAAAUAAAAAAACUCUUCUACGGCAGCUUCCAUAAGCUUCACAUUGCAGUCAGCAAGACUAGCGCCAAAGUGGUGAUCGACUGCAACAUGGUAGCUGAGAAAAGCAUCAACGCAGCGGGAAACAUCACCAUCGACGGACUGGAAGUUCUGGGCAGGAUGGUCCGCUCCAGAGGGAACAAGGACAACUCUGCACCGUUCCAGCUUCAGAUCUUUGACAUCGUCUGCAGCACUUCGUGGGCCAGCAGAGACAAGUGCUGUGAACUUCCUGGUCUGAGGAAGGAGGCAGACUGCCCGGCCAUGCCCAAAGCCUGCACCUGCACCCAGGACAGCAAAGGGCCCCCUGGCGCUGUUGGACCACCAGGAGGGCCAGGAGUCAGGGGAGCCAGAGGUGAUCGCGGAGAGCCAGGCCCGGUGGGGCCGACUGGUCCAGUAGGUGAUACAGGUGUACCGGGACCUCAGGGACCCCAAGGACCACAAGGACCAAGUGGACGAUCCAUCAUAGGCGGCCCAGGUGCUCCCGGAGAGAGUGGACAGAAAGGUGAAGCUGGACAACAAGGAGCACAGGGAGGUGCUGGUAGAGCUGGAGCUACAGGCAGAGAUGGACCUGCAGGGACCAGAGGACUGCCAGGCAAAGACGGCCCACUGGGCAGACAAGGUUCUUCAGGAACUAUUGGGACGCCAGGAGCCCCAGGGGCCCCGGGUAACACAGGCCCUCCAGGAAAACAUGGAGAACUUGGACCACCGGGUCUUCUGGGAAGCAAGGGGGAUAAAGGUGAACGGGGGGAUCUCCAGUCCACAGCAUCAGUUCAGGACAUCGCCAGGCAGGUCUGUGAGCAGCUGAUUCAGAGCCACAUGGCACGCUACAACUCCAUCCUGAACCACGUGCCCAGUCCGCCAGUGUCCAUCCGCACUGUGCCAGGACCCCCCGGAGAGCCUGGCAGACAGGGAACUCCAGGGCCUCAGGGAGAACAGGGACCCUCAGGAAGACCUGGCUUCCCAGGACAGAACGGACAGAACGGGCAGCCAGGAGAAAGAGGUCAAUUAGCAGAAAAGGGUGAGAAAGGAUCUCAAGGCGUUGGAGUCCAAGGCCCCCGAGGACCUGCAGGAUCCCCCGGUCCUCAAGGGCAGGGCAGACCUGGCAGCCAGGGGUCCUCAGGGAGACCUGGAAAUCCUGGAACCCCUGGUCGGCCUGGGGUCCCUGGAACCGUCGGCUCCGCUGGGCCUCCGGGCUACUGCGACCAGAACUCCUGUGUGGGCUACAAUGUUGGAGAGGGUGAGGAUGUCAUUGACCACGGCGCUGUCCCCGCAGUCCAACUGCCGCCCAACGUUUUCCAGAACUAUGGCGAGGUUGAGGAGGACGAUCCCUACCGAUACUACGAGCCCAACUACCCAGCUCCGCGGCCCGUGGCGCCCGACGACCCGGCGUUCGACGACCUCGAGCUGAGUUCUCCCGGCGUCCACCGCAGCUCCCGGAGCCUGGAGGGAGAGGAGAAGAGAGUCGGGCCCAAGAGGAGACUAAAGAGAGGAGCGAAGACGCUGCCUGGACUAAUUAAAUGAGAGGAUGUGAUUGGAGAACGGAGGGCCGCUUCCUGUUUCUGAUUGGGCGGUUUGGAGCCGCUACGGACUAAUCAACAAGUGCCUGAUGUAGAGGAUUUCUUAUGGACAUUGUAGGGGGGACGGGGUGGGGGUAUCAGGUUGGGACUAUUCUAACUCAUCUAUGCUAUUGAAUUAUCUUCAAGAAAACAGGUUUAUGUUGUUUACAUUUGUUUUUGUUAUUUUUGUCUGAAAUGGAUUCAGCUUAACUGGGUUUUAUUUUCACAGUCCUACAACUCUGUCUCUCUGUUAACAGGUUAACUGCGACCAAAAUUAAAAAUAAGAUUCUCAAACAUUUUGUCAUCAGAUUGAUUAAAGAAAAGUAGCCGGUCCUCUUUUCAGGUUUCAGUUUUUCUUAUUUGUUAUUUACCUGGUUGGUUAAGUGCCUCCUAAUAGUCCUGCUAGAAUAUUCUGGAGGAACAAAUAUAAAUGCAGAAAUGCAAACACUGAAACAAAGCAUUUAAACUGCAAGCGACACUCACCUUUUAGGUUUUUAUUUCUUUGGACGGUUUACAAUGCAUUCAGUUACGAAGUGAUGAGGCUUUAUUUGUGCAAAGUUUCAGCUAUAAAUGUAUUAAUUUGUAAAAUAUAUCCACACCACAAUCCCAAAGUGAGGGCACCUCCCAGCUAUGGUUUAAUGAAGCGGUAACUCCAAAUCUUACUAAUCUGAUAAACAACUACCAUAUUCUAAUUUACAUGCCCAACCUUACACAAGAUAACUCAUUUUUUCACAUUUUGUUUCCAAAAUACUACAAUAAUUAAACACACACAUUUUUUUUUUGUUUCUCAAUCAAAACGAUGACAAAAGAGAGUUUGGUGGUGUCGUAAUGCAGCAUGGGAUCAUGGGAGUUGUUGUCUUCACCACCAUUGCCGUCAGCGUCUCCUGGUUAGGAUUCCUUCAGUGUUCAUGGUUCAGGAGGUUUUUAGCAGGAGCCGAAUUAUCCAGAGGUUUCUCCAAAACAAACAGACCCGCUCAUUAAAACCGGUAAAAACACUGAAUAAUCAGUUUCACAUAAAAAAUCUGCGUUUCUCCCACGCUGCUCGGCUGACAAAGGACUUCCCAGAGAGGCUGCACGCCGGGUUUGCUCAGCUUGCUUCUCUGAUAACUUAAGAUCCAAAGUCACUUUAUGACAGCUUCUGGCAGAAAACCACAGAACAACGCUGAUGCUUACUGAUAGGAUAUGAAACGGACUGAAAAUUGUUGUAAACAUUUGGGAUCAUGUUAGAACAACUCAACAAAAUAUCUCAUAGGUCUAGUCGUUACAUAUUAAACCUUUAAGUGACACACUUUACCUCCGGCGUGCUAACAGGUAAUGUUAGCUUCUUAGCCAAUGCUUCACAUUAAAUAUCUGUGGCUACUCAUCCAACUGCAGUAAAGCACAAUAUAAAGAUCAUUUUCUUUCCAUAAAAAAACUAAAACAAACUGCAAUUUCGUGCAGAUGAUUCAACCUGAAACGCACACAGAUUUAUGACUGAACAGCAGGAAGUGGAGUGAUUUCACCUCAUCUGCAGUAUCUGCUCAAAUGUUUCUCUGUUGCAGAUUUUAAACCUGAGUCUUCAUUCUUAUUUUAAAAUGUUUCUGUAUCCUCCAUGUGUUUGUUUUAAAUGCUCCUAAAAUAUGCAACCAGGCAGUUAUUUAUGUAAAGUUUUGCAUGUUUUUGUUUUCCAUUUAUCAUGUGAUGUAUCAUAUUUUUAAUCUCAUAGAGCCAUAGACACAUUUUAGUGUUGCAUAUAAAGAUGUGUUUUUUCUUUCUUCAGAGUGUUGGAGUUAUAUUCAGUUAUUGUUACAGUAUUAAGCUCAGACUAUUACUCUGUAUUUGAGAAGGUUGGUGAAGAGAAAUAAGUUGUAAAAACAAGACAACAGCUGUUGUGAGACAGUUAUUAUAUUUCUUAGUAAAUGUAUUUAGUUUUCAGGUUUUUGGAUUUUGUAACUGACAGAAACUGUUGUUCAUGUUGUUGUCGAGGGAAAGACAAUUAAACAGAUUAGGAGUGAAAAAUGAAUUAAAUUUUUAAGACUGACAAUCUGUGGGGUUUUUUUUUGCUCUUGUCUUGGAUUGAUAUUUACAGAAGCCCAGAGAGGCAAGUGAGAGAAAACAAUUCUGGUGAUCCAUUUAAGUCUGGUCUAAAUAGUUUUCUCUCCUGUGUUUUAACUUAAGAACAGAUAGAAAAACGUUUUGCUGGAUCAUUUUACUUUUUUGUGUGUUUGUUGUUGUAAUACUCAUUUCGGCCACAAGAGGCUGAAUUGCAGCAAUACCCCAUGAUCUCUUACCAAAACUUUAUUUUAUCACCUGUUUUCACAGAUGAUGAGACUGAUCUGAUAACAGAAACAUGACCGCUCACUCCAUUGAUGAGUUUGAAUUCAUUUACACUUUCAAUUGGAAAAAGGUGUGCUUCAGUGUAGAUUCACCCACCAACGUCAUGUUUUCUCUUUCAGAGCAAACUAAUUUCCUCAAAAUUAUAGCACACUUCAAGAAUAUCCUGGAAGUCUUCUGAGUUCAGUGUUUCUGAGGCCUUUAGGUCAGCGAGCAGUAAAAACAGGAUAUGUUUAAAAAGUAAAUUCAAGGGAAUCCUUUAUUUUUUACUUGGUAUUGAUUUUCUCAGAACAAUAAAACUGAAAUAUAAA